AUGACUAGCUUGGAUACUAGUCUCGCCCAGUCAGGAUAUCAGCACGUACCCCUAGCGCCCGAACCUUCAGUAGCUGAGCCUGAUCCGGAGCCGGAGGAAUCACAGGCAGGGUAUGAUUCGAUAGAUGUGGAUCUAGAGGCAGUGCUAGAGGAGGAACCUGAAGAAGAAGAAGAACCAGAAGAAGAAGACCCCGAAGAAAAGCUUGAAGAGGCACCGGAAGAAGACCUAGAGGUGGAACCAGAGGACGAGCCAGAGGAAGAGCCAGAAGAGGAGUCUGAUGAGGAGGACCGGAUUGAGGUUCCGAUAGAGUCGGGUGAUGAGGACAACCCGAUUGAGAUCGAGGCGGAUUCGGAGUCUUCCGAGGAGCCGGAUGAUUAG